ACUGCACAUUGGUUAAGCAGAUCUCGCCUUUAGCGCAUUUGCAUUUAAAUGCUUAAUUAAUUGGUAUUAGUGACUACGUGUAAGACUUUGGACAAACCCACAAUGCCCGCGGAGGAUGUGCCACUAAAAAGCAUGGCCAACAUUCCAUCGGCCGUGCAAUUUGGGGCCAACAAGGACUUCCAUACGCACACGCACCAAAAGGAGCUGGACAGUGCUUUUUUGGGCAACGAGCGCCGUCCGUGGAUGAAGAAGAAAGGUCACAGGGACUCGCGCCAUGAACGCCAGAUCCUUAAUACCCUGCUGGCCACCAACAGCCAGACGGAUGAGGUCAACAACUGUGUGGAUAAGCUGAUUUCGGAGGACAUCAGCUACAGGGAUCUGGCAUCGCUCACCGACGAAGACUUACAGCUGUUCGGUUUCACGUCGGACCAGCACCGCAAAGAGCUCUUGAACAUGUUUGCCCCGAUGCCGAAUCAGGAUCCAAGUUAUGAGUACAUUUGCAAUGCCCCCGAGGCGAAUGCCUAUAACAACCAGAUACUGGGGAAUGCCGGGAAUCACUUCAUGUCCCUGCGUGCCUCUUUGGCUGCAACCAAUUACAAGCUGCAGGUGCUGCCGCCGGAGGACGUUGUUGUGGGCGAUAAGCGCUAUGCCAGUCGCUUUGCUUUGGAAACACUCAAGAGCGUGAAGCAAAUUACGGAUGAGAUAGCCAACGACCUGAGGAAAAUCGAAGCCAAUGUCCAGAGUCUUAGGAACGAGAAGGAUAUCAAGGCCAAGGAGAACACAAAGAAGAGAAAGUUCAGCCUGGCCACAAUUGUGUACUGUACCACAUUGGCAGUGGGAUUCUCCUGCGCCUGGUUCUGGUGGUGGAGCAAGUUUCAAGCCGCUCCUCGUUUGGAGAGGAUCUCAGUUCAGACUUAAAAGUAACAAAGCAUUUAAUAGUUGCAUUCCCAUUUUCUCGUAGAGCAUAAGCCUAAAGUUGUUCGAAUUUACAUAUUUUUUGGUUAAGCUUUCCAUAUGAAUCUCAAGCUGUAUUGUAGACAUACUGCCCAACAUGAAUAGUCACAAAAAGAAGUAUUAAAAUACAAAAUUAACUUAGUUUA